CAGUAGUUAUAAAACAUUAUGUAGGUAAUAUUUAUUCAACAUUAAAAAAUAACCAUUUUCUAUGGAUUUUUAAGGAUCUAAAAAUCGAUUUAUUUAUAUCCAAAAUAUAAAUAUUUUUAAAAGUUAUUAAUUCCGAAUACAUUAUAUUGAUUGUAGAAAUAAAAGGAUUAGAUGUUUUUGUUCGUUAAUACAAAUACAUGAUGACGUUCAUUUCGAUGGUUUGAGUAUGAUAAUUUAUCAUAGAAAAGAGAAGGUUAGGCACAACAAACAUGAAGGACCGGAGAAUACAUCAAUUAUUGAAUGGGUUGCUGAUCCUUAUGUUGUUUAUAAUUGUUAUUUACAGUAUAUUUACAGCAUAUUGUCCAGUUAAGAAUGGAUAUUAUUCAAAAAAAUCAUUCAAAUAUGAAAAGAAAAUUAAAACCCAAACAAAUGAUGAUGAACAGAUUGUGGAAACUUUUAAGUCACCAAUUCUAAGCAAAAACCCCAAUCGUAUAAUAAAACGGAACAUGUUUGCGAAUUUACCGUGGUAUUUCAAAGAUGGGGCUCUAGUGCCUAAUAAAGCGGAUGUGGACCCUACGACUGGAGUUAGAAUUCCAAGGUUAUGGCCUGAAGAAAAAAAAGGCAGCGACCGUGUAGAAGAACAACUAAUGUUUAUACCACCCAAUUAUCAAUAUGAAAAUGCGCCUAUGAAAAAUAUUUUACUAUACAACGGUGUAAGUAAUUGGAUGGUAGAUACGGGACAAAGUGAAUUUCUUUCAAAUGAUUGUCCAGUAAAUAGAUGCACAAUUUCAACUAAAACGAAAUUAAUUUAUUCGAUGGAUGCAGUUUUAUUUAGAGAGGAAUUCAAUGACCCUUUAUCCGAAAUCGGUCGUAUAAAGAAUAGUAAACAAAUAUGGAUUUUAUUCUUCAUCCAGUCAGCACAUUACUCGGGAUUUGACAUAGGAAAUGUUAAUAUGAUUAACUGGACAGCCACAUAUCGACACGACAGUGAUAUUGUCAUACCAUACGGACGAUGGGCAUAUUUCGAUCCUUCAGUGACUCGAGUUGAACAGUUAAAUAAGAAUUAUUCUCUAAACAAAACGAAACAAGUGGCAAUGAUAGUUUCUAAUUGUGAUACUGACAACAAAAGAUUAUUAUAUGCCAAAGAAUUGGGAAAAUAUAUAUCUGUUGAUAUAUAUGGUCAAUGUGAUGGAUUGAAAAUGAUCAAAUCUGAUAACUUUUUAGAAAUAUUGGACCAGGAUUAUAAAUUCUAUUUGGCUUUCGAGAAUUCAAACUGUAUCGAUUAUGUUACAGAAAAGUUUUUCAUAGAUGGACUUCAGUACAACGUUCUGCCGGUUGUGAUGGGCGGACGCCGCUCUGACUACGAGCGGAUGGCACCUAGGCGAUCGUACUUGCACGUGGACGACUACGAGUCGCCCGAACGGCUGGCCAGAUACCUGAGGUGGUUGGACGCCAACGACGAUCUUUACAAUGAGUACUUCCGGUGGAAGGGCACUGGCGAGUUUAUCGACACAAAGUUCUUCUGUCGACUAUGCGCGAUGUUGCACGACGACGACGCGCCGGCCAAGCACUACCGGAACUUGGAACGCUGGUGGCGACCACCGGACGUGUGUGAUCAUUCGACGAAGUGGCUUAAGCCACCGCAUGUCAAAUAACGAAUAUUCGAGGGGGGGGGUGAAGAUUAGCAGCCGCGUUCGCAGCCAGAAAGGUUUUCGCGGUCACCUCCUCACCAGUAACAAAGCCAUUUUCACCGAGAACGAGUUCUGCAGAAGAUACAGUCAUGACGUGCAGGCGCAUACCCAUAGACGCAACUAUAGAAUCUAUUUUUUUUUUGUAGGGGGAAUUUGAGUGUUGAAAAUUCUCCUAAACACUUCUCCUAUAAGCUGGUAUAUUUGAAAAUUUCUUGUAAUAAAUGUAAAUUGAUAUCAGCA